UUUAUUUUAUUUUUUUUGUCGAAGAUAAAAAUCGAAAUUUCUUUCCCUCAUGAACUCCCUUUCUUCAUCUUGAGGUCAGGAUCUUACUGAAGCUGAGGCUGCUAUUACGCUGAGGACCUCUUGCAUCAUUGCGAGUGCUUGCUUAAUCUGAAUCAUUGGAGCAAAGGAAAAUCCAAAUGGAAGACUUAAACAGGAAUGUUUCUCAGGCUCCUCCAAGUCUGCAAACUCGAAGUUCUCCGGACGGUCCUGUGGCCAUCCUUUGGGAUAUCGAGAAUUGCCCUGUUCCGAGUGAUGUCCGCCCUGAAGAUGUAGCUGGUAAUAUAAGAAUGGCUUUGCGAGUGCACCCUGUAAUAAAAGGGGCAGUUAUGAUGUUUUCUGCGUAUGGGGAUUUCAAUGCGUUUCCUAGACGAUUGAGAGAAGGGUGUCAGCGAACUGGGGUCAAACUAAUUGAUGUGCCGAAUGGUCGGAAGGAUGCUGCGGACAAGGCUAUACUGGUCGAUAUGUUUCUCUUUGCCCUCGACAACCCUCCCCCAUCUUCCAUAAUGCUCAUAUCUGGAGAUGUCGAUUUUGCUCCAGCUCUUCACAUUUUAGGUCAACGUGGAUAUAAUGUGAUACUCGUCAUCCCUUCUGGUGUGGGCGUUUCAUCUGCCCUUUGCAAUGCGGGGAAGUACGUUUGGGAUUGGCCGACUGUUGCUCGUGGUGAAGGCUUUGCACUUUCCCCCAAAAUGUUGACUUCCCGUGGUGGAGUGGCUGAAAUUUCUGGAUAUCUCAAGGGAUGCCAUAUCAAUGACGAUCCAGAUGGCAGCCAAAACGAAGAGGAAGCGAUUGUCUAUGGAGGGGUCUCCCAUGGCUAUUACAACCUCAGGGAUUUCUCAGUAGUAACUCAGUCUUUAUCUGAAUACAAUGGUAAUUCGACAGUUCCUUGUGCACCUCCAAGUUUGAGGUCACAGAGUCUCCCAUGUGGUCUGAGCGACGUUCCAACGGGUCCCGUUUCAUGUGGAGACCAGAAUGAGUCCGCUUGGUGGCCGCAAACAGGAGACUUAAAUGUUCUGAAGGGACAGUUGGUUAAGUUGCUAGAGCUUUCUGGAGGGUCCUUACCCAUCACUAAGGUUCGUGCCGAGUACCAGAGAGUCUUUGGAAGGCCACUUUACACAUCCGAGCCCGGUGUCAAGCUUGUGAAUCUUUUCAAGAAGAUGGGAGAUGCCCUCAUUGUAGAGGGCAAAGGCAACAAGAAAUCAGUCUACAUUCGAAACUCGAGAUCAUGCCCGAGCGCCCCACCUUUGAUAUUAUCAAGGAAAGAAAACAAGAAAGGUAAGGGUACUUCAGAGGAAACUAUUGAUAUUGCUCCAGGAAUGGGCUCAUCAGACGAAUACUCAGAGGAAGAAAGAGUAGUUCAUGAAGAACAUGACGAGAAGGAAGGUGUAGCAAAAAACAACAACGAGUGCGGUCUCGAGCAGUUCAAACACCAGCUACAGGAGAUUCUCGUCAGCUAUUCAUGUAGAAUCUUCUUAGGAUGUUUUGAGGCAAUAUACCUACAACGAUACAAGAAAGCCUUGGACUUCCAGAGCCUCGGUGUUCGCGGAUUGGAGGAGUUGUUAGACAAAGUAGGCGACGUCGUGGUUUUGCACGAAGAUCCAGGAAGCAAGCGCAAGUUCCUGGCUGCUCUUGGUGGCUAACAUGAUAAUGAAGAUGAUCAGGUAGCUACCUUUGUAAACUACUAUUAUUGUAUGCCAUUAACUUGUCAAAUAGCUGAAAAGAAAUAAGAAAAAAGGAAAAAGAAGCCCAUGUUUGUGGUGAGUGCUGCCUGCCACAUAGUUUUAGAAAGAGUCGAGUAUGGCUGAGGGUGAGGCUGGUUGGUUGCUGUUUUUUCUUCCUCCAGCAUGUUCUUCGUGUUCUUCAACAUAUGGAACCUGUCACUGUGAGUCUCUGUUCCCGAUGAUCUGCUUUUGGAGAUCUUUGUCUGUGUCUGUAUAUUACUUUCCACUCAAGUUCUAAAAUUUAUAUAUACUUUUUUUUUUU